AUGGCUUCCUUCAUCCAACAUGACAGCUUGAGUCAAAAUGGAACAUCUUGGCUCUCAUGUUUUGACUGUUCUGACAGGAAUUCAGAGUCGUCAGGUAAUAAUGCUGCUUACAUGACUGUGCCCUUCGAACACAAGUCGCUUCAGACAGGUGACGAGAUGAAGCAAACGGAAGCCUACCUCGCUGCUGAACUCAAUAAGCUAACAGUGCAAGAACGAGCAAAGGCGAUGGACGACAUCCACUGCGUUGGUGAAGAGCUCAAUGAGACACCUGAGAUGAUUGAGCAAUCACUAAGGGAGUUUGAUCAUUUACUUCAAAAGAUGAAAACUCCAACAUACGAAAUGGCCGUGAAUCAGAACAAAGCAUUCGUCGAAGACCCUUCAUUCCGGCUUCGGUUUCUGAGGUGCAACAUGCACGAUGUCAAUCGAUCCGUACGUCAAAUGAUGGAGUUUUUGAAGCAUAAAGCAACUUAUUUUGGGGAGGACAAUGUCGCUCGGGAGAUCACCUUAGAUGACCUAGAUGAUGAAGAUAUGUCGUUGCUAUUGUCGGGCCUGUACCAUAUUCAGGAUGGAAGAGAUCGCAAAGGACGAGUCGUCAUGCACGCAACCACUGACAUGUUGGGGGGGUGUAAGACUGAGAACAUUAUCCACGUUGCAUAUUACAUGUGGAACAAUAUCUUGCUUUCAAUUCCGGAAGUACAGACAAAAGGGUUGGUGAUCAUAUUUUAUGAUUUGACAAAACCUGGGAAGAAGUUUGUGAUGCCUCGAUUUAAUACGAUUACCUACACAAAUGUGCUACUAUCCUUUCCAUUGAGGUACUCUGCAAUGCACAUGUGCCUCAAGAAGGACACUGGGAAUUUGCCGUUGUACAACGCUCUCGUGAAUAGCUCCAUAUACAUACUGCCGCAGCAAACAAGAGCUCGAAUUCGUCUUUUCUAUGGCACUGACAUUGAAAUACACUACUAUCUUCGAUCCCACGGUAUACCCACUGACAACUGCCCCGUCGACUUCUAUGGGAGUUUACGUAUGGACAUUUUGAACAAUUGGUUUGAGAACCACAAAGCUACAAUUGACGCCGGCAAUGAUCCCUCAUCCGGAUAUCCCCCAUUGCCGCAGCAAGCUUUGGCGUCGGAGAGAGACUGGGCGGCAAAAGCGAUUAUCCCAGAAGGUGUCUCUGAUCUUGGGAUUCUGCUCGAUAAUCACAGGCUACCUUCAUCGCACGAUGUCUUGCUAGGCCGCGGGUGGAAGCUGCAGAACCAUGAAGGCAAUGUCCGUUUUCGACUGUUUGUGGAAGGAUACAUAUACGCCUACGACAACACGCCACGGCAGCAACGACGCUGGGCGGCAAAAGCGAUUAUCCCAGAAGGUGUCUCUGAUCUUGGGAUUCUGCUCGAUAAUCACAGGCUACCUUCAUCGCACGAUGUCUUGCUAGGCCGCGGGUGGAAGCUGCAGAACCAUGAAGGCAAUGUCCGUUUUCGACUGUUUGUGGAAGGAUACAUAUACGCCUACGACAACACGCCACGGCAGCAACGACGCUGGGCGGCAAAAGCGAUUAUCCCAGAAGGUGUCUCUGAUCUUGGGAUUCUGCUCGAUAAUCACAGGCUACCUUCAUCGCACGAUGUCUUGCUAGGCCGCGGGUGGAAGCUGCAGAACCAUGAAGGCAAUGUCCGUUUUCGACUGUUUGUGGAAGGAUACAUAUACGCCUACGACAACACGCCACGGCAGCAACGACGUGAGUUUUCGUACAAUCUUGCUCGUUUGCUCCGCGGGAAAGGGGUUAAGUUCUGGAAGAAAACAAAGGACGGUGUAUGGAGAGAGGGCACGCUGGAGGAUUCUGAAAAGAAGGUUGGGGACUUGUUUCGAUCGAUACGACGGAAGCUUUCAUCGUGA